AUGGGGGCCACAUCCCAACCCCAGGGUACGCAGGGGUCUAGCACCUCCGAAUGCUUGCUAGAGGUACCCUUUGAGGCCUACAGAGACUCGCCAGAUGGCGAUGUGAACAAGACCGUGCGAGUCCAGACUGUUCCCCGCGUGGUGGGGCCGCGCGGCUGGCGCCAGAGGCUGGCACCCUACGUCCCUUCAUUUGCAUCGCGACGCGACGACGACGACGAGGACUCUCUACCUUUGCUACCGGAGAACCAUCAGAGCAAGCGAUCUUGUCGCUCACGAUAUACUCGCUGCCUCGUGCGCGCACUGAUCGUGUUCUUCGUCAUGCUGGGAAUCGUGCAGUUCAUCUCAAUGGCCUGCGGCAUCGUGCUUUCUUUCUUCCCAGACGAAUAUGACCGCGCCGCUCAUAUCUGGAAACAUGGCGACCACGAUAACGUCGACGACGUCACCCACUGGCCCACCGACAUGUCGCGCGAUAUCAUCCCUAAAGGUUGCCACUCGCAUAACGACUACUGGCGCCGCGUGCCUCUGUUCUCAGCGCUGCAGGCUGGGUGCAUUGGCGUCGAGGCUGACGUCUGGCUGUUCGAUGAGGAACUUUACGUCGGCCAUACCAGGUCUGCCUUGACAUCGCGCCGUACUCUGCGCUCAAUGUACGUCGACCCGCUGGUCAAGAUCCUCGAGGGCCAGAACCCUAUCACGCCCUUCCACCGCACCAUCGACCAGCCUCCACACGGGGUUUGGGAUACAGAUCCAGACCAGAGCGUGAUCCUGCUAAUUGACUUCAAAACCGACGGAGCUGCUACUUAUCCCGCUGUCGUUAAGCAUCUGGCUCCUCUGCGCGAGCGCGGCUACUUGACUUAUUUCAAUGGGCGCGAGCUGAUCCCGGGCCCCGUAACCGUCGUCGGGACAGGGAACACACCCUUUGACCAGGUCACCGCCAACUCAACAUACCGGGACGUUUUCUUCGAUGCACCGCUCGACAAGCUCGUUGACGACAAGCUCGAGGGCCAGUACAUCUCCACCGUCAAGCGGUCGACUGGUCUCGGCCAAGGUCUAUCCGGCAUGCCGGACGCCAUCAACUCGCACACGUUCAAUCUCACAAAUAGUUACUACGCCUCUGUCUCUUUCAGGAAAGCUCUCGGCUUCACCUGGCCGUUCCAUUUCUCACAGCACCAGAUGGAUCUCAUUCGCUCGCAAGUCCGAGUCGCUCAUCGUCAUGGUCUCAAGGUGCGAUACUGGGGUAUACCUAGCUGGCCGCGCAGUUUGCGUAACCAUAUCUGGAGAAUCCUGGUGCAGGAGGGUGUGGAUAUGCUGAACGUGGAUGAUCUGGUGGGUGCCACUAAGGGGGAUUGGAAGAUCCGGAUCUUCGACUGGUGGAUCUAG